AUGGAAUCAGAGAUUCGAAGUCAACAGCCCCCAGAGAUACCUCAUAUCACAACUAAUAUAAUACCUCUUUCUGAUAUCUUGAGAAAGUUUUCUGAAUUUUCAUAUGCAGAAUUAUCACACAUUAUUCAAAUACAACCAACAAAUGAAGCCAAAAAGAAAAAACUACUAGAGCUCAUUGUCUAUCUACGACAAGAAUACGUUAGAUUGUACGUUUUGACAAAAUGGUCCAAGAUUUCAGCUCAAGAUUUUAGUAAAUUGAUUGAUUUAUUAGCAUGGUUAAGAGAACAAACUAAUUACUUCACAAAUUUAAUAUGGGCCACCAAAUCAAUUAAUCAAAGUUUACUUAGUGCCAAAUUACCAAACCCUGAUAUCAUCACUGCAUUGGAAGUGUUUACUGAAGGUAGACCAACUUUACCAUCUCAUAAUUUAAUUGAAUCCAAAAUUACACCACAAAAGAUUUUACAAACUUUAAAAGAUUUGAAUGUGAUUUUAUCAAUGAAAUUUGCUCUUGUGGAAAACAUACCUGAUAAGUUUUUGAAUUACGAAAUAAAAGAUGGUAGAAUAUUCAUUUAUACUGAUGAUUAUGAAUUUCAAGUUUCUGUCAUUGAUGACAAUUCCCCAUUCUUUAUGAUUGAUUUCAAGUUCAACUUUGGUGAUUUUGAACCAAGUCGGAAAUUAUUGAGAAUAUCCAAUGAUGCUUUAAGGAUAGGCGGGUUUAAUGAGCUAAACAAGAUCUUGACCAAUUAUACAAAUACUAUGAAGUUGUACAUGAUUCAUUUGAAAUUGAAUGGAUUGAAAAAUAUCAAACAUAUUUAUCAUGCUGAUAAGUUUCAAAUUGUGAUACACUAUUGGAUCAAUAGUUAUGUUUUCAAAAACUCUUAUAUCGAAAUUGGGUUGAACAAGGACAAUAACAUAAUUUAUAGAUGGUUCAAACAAGCUCAGUUUGUGGAAACUUUUCAAGACAUUGGAUUCAUCGAUGAUUUUUUGAAUGUCAUCUAUUAUAAACAUGCAGUUUCCAUACUGGAUCAAAUUGAUGAUAUAACAGUUAAUAAAUCAGUAUUACAAAUCAAUGAAAAAACAGGAUUGUUUUAUUUCAAAAAUUCAACUCCACUAAUGAAUAGCUUUUUGAAAAAACUAAAUACAGAUGAUUUUAAAAACAUCAAUAUGAAUCUCAAACUAUUAAGGAUGGAUCAUAAAUAUAUGGAAAUUUCUACAAUUCUGUCAGUUACUGGAUGGAUACAAAAUGAUAUCAUCAAAUUAGCUCCACAUGAAGUUAAUAAAUUGGGUCAAGAGAAAUUGCUCAACUAUCAACAAAAGGAAAACACGGUUUUUUUAUCGAGAAAUUUGAAAUUUUAUACAAGAAAAGAAUGGCCAUCAAAUUGGUUUCUUGUAUUAUUGAUAGACACUAAAAUCAAGUCAUUUAUUGGAAAUGUUAGAUCCAUAGCUGGUCAAUGGACAAUUUCCUCUUUGAAUGAAUUAAACAUUGAAACAUUUGACUAUAGAACUUCCAAGGGAUUGAUUGACUAUGUGUCAAAGAAGAUCAUAUUACACUUGAUAACCAAUGAACUCGGCUCGGCUGUUUAUAAAAUCAUUAAAGAUGACACCAUUUUGAUUCAAACUGAUUCAUUUAUUUCAAUACCAGAUACAUCAAACACUUUAUACUUGAAUUUUAAACUAGAACCAAAUAAGAAAAACAUGAUGUUGAAAUUGAAGGGGAAACUAAACAAUAGUUUAUCAUUAGAAGAUUUCGUUAUUGAUAAAAAUGGUGUUUUUGAAGUUUUUGAAACUGUUGAAUUUAAAAGAUUUUCGAUUUUGGCAAACAUUAUCGCUAAAUUACAGAAAUUAUCAAAAGUUAUCGGAUUGAUUAAUUUCUUGAAAUUGGAAAGCUUGAACCUGCUGAAUGUUAAACUAGAUGAGAUUGUUUUCAAAUAUGGUUCGCAAAUUUGUACCCUUAGAGAUGGAUUUGAUAUUGAGUUACCAACAACAAAUCCACACAACAUUUGUUUGGUUUCUAUUAAAAGAUAUUUGCAUAAAAGAGGUAUUGGUAAAUUAUUCAAAUAUUUACAGGAAUCAAAUGUUUUAGUGGAGAAAUUGAAUGAAUUGGCAACUCAAGAAAGUACAGAUAAGAAUGAUUAUGAUCCAUCAAAAUUAAGAUAUGAAGUCAUUCCAAAAAAUUUGAAUCUUUUCACUGUUAUGUAUUAUAACAAUUACAAACCGGAACGUCAAUGUCUGGAUCUGAAUAUCGAGAUGAAGAUCAAGAAUGGGAAAUAUUGUUAUCUGAUCACAUUUGACAGAGAUUCUGAGUUCAAGAGUGAAUUCACAAUGAAGGGUGAAUUAUACAAUAGCAUGAAGCAUAAAUUUAAGCUGGUCCCACUGCGUAAUGGUAUCAUGUGCGAUGAAUCUGGUAUUGAUCAAGUUUUAGGAUAUUUCCAUGAUAAAAUUAUGACAAAGUUGGUGAAUUAG